AUGGGGCAAAAAGAUACGUUUGACCUCGAUUUGAGCUCGAAAAUCAGUUCGUCUGCUAAUGAAAAGUUUGACGCCUAUUUGAAGCGCCAUGGACUUAUAGAACCUAAUCAAUAUCAACCACGUCGACUUAAUGAUGCUCUUGAAGAUCGUAUGGGAGAACUGAAGCUUACAAGCAGUCCUGUCGCAAAAGAAAAUUACGCAGAUAGGAGCCCUCAGAAAUCACCAAGCAAGAUCCCAAUAGCUUCACCAAAUCCAGUGGCAAUCGAACGGUUAAGAGAUCGAUUGCAUGGCAGUUCAAGAUUAUAUGACUCAGUCGGUGAAGCUCCAAGUUGGAAUAUGGGAUCUAUGAAUCUUUCAAUGGAGGAGUUGGAGAAAAUUACAAGGCCAAAGGUCAAAAGAAUGGCGACUAUAUGUCAAAUGUUUUUCCUUGAUAAUUAUUUUGAGCAGUUGCAUUAUUUACAUUCUAGAAAGCAAAGAUUGCAUCUUUUUGAGCAACAGCUUGCAAAAGAGUCUACUACUGUAAAAAGUGAAUUGGAAAAGCGUUACAAUGGUCGUGAGCGUGUAUAUCUUCGAAAGCGUCGUACUCGUAUAAGUCAUGGUGAUUUUCAAACGAUUACUCAAGUCGGUCAAGGCGGUUACGGAUCGGUUUGGCUAGCAAAGAAGAGAGAUACCAAGGAAAUUGUUGCUUUGAAAAUAAUGAACAAAUCUGUUUUACUUAAAAUGGAUGAAAUUCGUCAUGUACUUACGGAACGAGAUAUCCUUACAAGUGCAAACUCAGAGUGGCUAGUAAGGCUAUUGUACGCAUUUCAAGAUUUUUCAAAUAUUUAUUUGGCCAUGGAAUUUGUACCAGGAGGUGAUUUUAGGACUUUAUUGAGCAAUAGCGGGGUUUUAAGAGAUCAUCAUGCCAAGUUUUAUGCUACGGAGAUGUUUUUGGCAAUUGACGCAUUGCAUAAACUUGGAUAUAUUCACCGAGAUUUGAAACCAGAAAAUUUCCUUGUCGGCGCUUCUGGACAUAUUAAGCUUACCGAUUUUGGACUUAGUUCCGGUAUAAUCAGUAAGCAAAAGAUCGAAAGUAUGAAGAUAAGACUUCAAGAUGUGAACAAUGUAGCAGUUCCCGAGAGAAGUAUGCGUGAGCGUCGUCAAGUGUUCCGAACACUUUUGGCUCAGGAUCCUGUGUAUGCCCAUUCGGUGGUAGGAUCGCCUGAUUACAUGGCACCAGAAGUUUUGCGAGGAGAAAACUAUGAUUACUCCGUGGACUAUUGGUCGCUUGGGUGUAUCUUGUACGAAUGCCUUUCUGGGUUUCCUCCAUUUUCCGGUUCGAAUGUCAAUGAAACAUGGUCGAAUCUUAAGAACUGGAAAAAAUGUUUUCAACGCCCACAUUAUGACGAUCCUCGAGAUUUAGAAUUUAAUUGGAAAGACGAAGCUUGGGACUUUGUUGCUCACUGUAUUACUAGCCCGGCCAAUCGCUACCGUUCCUUGAAUCAGGUGAAGCAACAUCCAUAUUUUGAUCAAAUCAAGUGGGAAAAUGUGCGUGAAGCAUAUCGACCUCCAUUUAUUCCUGAUUUGAAUUCAGAGAUUGACGCCGGGUACUUUGAUGACUUUACGAACGAAAAUGACAUGUCCAAAUAUAAAGAAGUUCAUGACAAACAAGCGGCAAUCGCUCGCAUGUCAAAUACAUUUAAUAAACCCAAGCGAAAUGCUUUUAUCGGGUUUACUUUUAAGCAUCAGAAAAAUAAUCAUCCCAUUCCUUCUGCCGGUGUCCCUUCUUUGUCGGGUACCGCUUUUGGAACUCUUUUGUAA